ACACGCUUGUCACCUUCCUCCCCUGCCGCGAGCCGCGACGGAUAAGACAGCCCGUGAGCGAACAGCGCCAGCGCCGGCCGCCCCGAUCGAGCGAGCGAGGAGGAUGCACCGCGCGGCGAGGAGGCUGAUGUGGGGGGCCAGCAGGCCCGGGACGGACGUCCCCAGCGACCACGACGUGGUGAUCGUGCUCGCCUCGCUGCUCUGCGCGAUGAUCACCGUCCUCGGCAUCGGCCUCGUGGCGCGGUGCGCCUGCGGGCGCGGCGGGGCCAGCAGGCAGCCCGCCGCCGCCAACAGGGGCGUCAAGAAGUCGGUGCUCCGCAAGAUCCCCACCGUGCCGUACGCCGCCGCCUGCGGCGGCGACGAGGAGUCUGGGGAGGCGGCCGCGGCGGCGGAGGAGUGCGCCAUCUGCCUGGCGGAGUUCGAGGAGGGCGAGUCCGUGCGCGUGCUGCCCCCCUGCGGGCACGGCUUCCACGCCGCCUGCAUCGACAAGUGGCUGCGCGGGCACUCCACCUGCCCCUCCUGCCGCCGGAUCCUGUCCCUCCGGCUGCCGCCCGGCGAGCAGUGCAGCCGCUGCGGCGCGCGGCCCCACGCUGGGGACGGCGGCUGGAAGCCGACCUCCUACAGCGGCGUGCCGCCGUUCCUGCCGUAGGCAGCACCAGCAGAUAGGCAGAGAUGCUUCUGGAGCUAGAACAAGACAAGGAUCGACCAACCCAGAAGCAAACAAUCCGGUUGAAAUUUCUCGGUUGCCCCCUUUCACCUCUUCUCGUUCACUGCUAGCGGUAGAUUCUACUAGUGCCUGGUUGGUAAUGCGUAGCAAUCCGGAACUGGAAAUGGGGAAGUCUGAUGAGGUGUUUGCAGGCUUGCAGCCGCGACGUACUAGCUCUGUACAUUUGUAAAUAUUAUUAGUGGUUAAUUAAUAUAUAUGAAAUCAGCUUUGGUAAG